AUGUCUGCUUCACCUUCCAACCUUCAGUCCGCCAAGCGUCCUCUCGAGGACCCCUCCUCCCCCUUCCGCGACGAUGCCGAAGCCGAGGCAGAUAUCUCCAGCGAACAAGUCCAGAGUGCUGAUGUCACCAAGGACACCCAGGGAGAUACUGUGGUUCCGGACGCUCCCAAUGGCAAGGGUCUCCCUGCUGACACCCACCCCAUCCAAUCAACAGCUUCCCAGGCCGACCGAACGGCUUCUGACCAGCCUCCCGUCGAUGAGUCGAGCUGGGUUCACAUCCGUGCAGUGAUCUCUAGCCCCGAGGCAGCUACCGUUAUUGGAAAGGGAGGUGAGAACGUGUCUCAGAUCCGUCAGUUGUCCGGCGCCAAGUGCACUGUCAGUGACUAUGCUCGGGGCGCCAUUGAGCGUAUCCUGACCGUUAGCGGACCCCAGGAUGCUGCUGCUAAGGCUUUCGGCCUCAUCAUUCGUACCCUUAACAAUGAACCUCUUGAGGCUGCGUCAACUGCCCAGUCAAAGACAUACCCUCUCCGUUUGCUAAUUCCUCAUAUUCUGAUCGGCUCCAUCAUUGGAAAGGGUGGAAGUCGCAUUCGUGAGAUCCAGGAAGCCUCCGGCGCUCGUCUGAAUGCCUCCGAUGCCUGUCUGCCCCUCUCUACCGAACGUUCCCUUGUCAUUCUCGGUGUUGCGGAUGCCGUGCACAUUGCUACCUACUACGUUGCUUCAACCUUGGUUGAACAGUUGACCGAGCGCUACGGUGGUCCCGCCGCCUCAGCCUAUGCCACUCGAAGUGGCGGUCCCGCCGGCGCUGUCCCUGGCGGCAUGCAAGUCGUACCUUACGUUCCCCAGCCAGCUGGUGGCCAGUACGGUCACCCUGAUACCUUCAAACGUCAUCCCCACCCCAACCGUGCCGGCGGUGGUGCUUACGGAGUUCCCUAUCUCCAUGGCCAACCUGCACCCGCUCCAGUUCCCCAAACACCCAUGCACUUUGCACCCGCCCCUCAGGCCCCCUAUGGCGGUGUCGGACCCCACCAGCCUGCUCCCUACGCCGGCGGACCCCACCAGCCUACCCCUGGCCGAGGUCCCCCAACUGCCCCUGCCCCUGUGGGUGGCGCCGCACAGAGCCAGCAGCCACUGACCCAGCAGAUUUUCAUCCCCAACGACAUGGUCGGUGCCAUCAUCGGAAAGGGCGGUGCUAAGAUUAACGAAAUACGCCACCUGAGCGGUAGCGUCAUCAAGAUUAACGAGCCCCAAGAGAGCAGCAACGAGCGUCUUGUCACCAUCACCGGUGCCGCUGAGUGCAAUCAAAUGGCUCUCUACAUGCUCUAUUCCCGACUCGAAAGCGAAAAGCACCGGAUUUAA